AAGCCGACCUUUCUCCGCAUAACGGCUCCUUUCGGCAUCAAAAUAAUCACGGAAAUGGCCAGAAUGAUUCUCCUAUAGAAAGACUAACCUAUGCACACGUACGUGGUAUACAAGGAAAACAUUCAAGUGCGCCCGUGUGCAUGUUCGAUAGGGACGCGGAAAGAAAGAUGGCUAGAGUGUACCACACCAAGAACAAUAGCAAUCGCAUGUUUCGUGUCCCGAAAAACUCGGAAAAAAAGAAUUCAGGUAAUAAUGAUGUUAUUGGGAUUCGCGGGUUGAGUGCGGUUGGAAAUCGUUACGAGAAUAAUAUUACAGCUUUGAUGCAGACAGGUAGCAAGGUUCACAGAGAAAUUUCCAAAGUUAAAGACGAUGCACAAAUCGGAAGUGGCAUUUAA